UAUGAUGGUGUUGCAUUCUUAUAUGCUGAAUCCACGGGCGUUCCUUGAAGACUGCAUUCGAUAUGGACAGAUGAGUCUCUGGAAAUCCGGCUUCCCUUGGCAAGUCGUUAAUGAUUGCAUCGACAACAGAUCACUUGAUUAUGUUCCGGGGAAGGCUGCGGAGCGCAACUUUGAGGAAAAGACCGGCCAUUUCUGGGACAAUCUUGGUGAUCCUCCAGAUACCUUCGUGAACUGCCCGAAAUGUAGAGAUCCAGUGUGCGUCCCUUGGACGGCAGGUGAGGUUAAUGGAUCUCUUGACAAACCGUUUGAAGAUUUCUACGGAUUUGCCGACAAGAGCUUCCGUGCAACAUGCCCCAAGUGCCAAUUUAUGAUUGAUCACGAGAGGCUCAAAGUAGCAAAGUUCGCAUCAGAUGUCGAAGCAUUUGUGACGCUGGACUACCCUAUGCCCGGAACAUUCUACAACUUGAAUGGAAUCCCGGAGUGGGUAUCCAAUUCGCUUAACGGUGGGACGGCUUGUUUCCCAAAUAAUUUGGUUAAUGUUUUGUGCAAUGAAUUGCGUUUAUUUACCGAUGCGAGGCUAGGCAGAUGCAGACAUAUACACGACUUACGCAAGGAGUUUCAAGGGAAAAUCAGGGAUAAACGUAUAGUUCAGCAAGCCAGAGGCACCAUUGUGGGAGGCGACCGCCUGUUUCCCAGAGAGCAAGUGGCAAUACGCCGGAUGAUGUCCCGUUAUUGGGACAAUCACUCGCCUUUUGCAUUGGACUUGGUCGGUGCUGUUAUCCGGCAAGGCACUUUUGUUCAAAAGAUGGACAAUAUUGACUGGCUCCACUCGCCGGCGCUAAUGAAGACCAUGCAGCGCCUCAUCGAUAAAUACCAUGUCUUUUUCUUGAUCAUGGCGAAGCACCCCAAGCGUAUGGCUGUUCCGACGCUAGAUGUCGAUCUGGCCUGGCAUACGCAUCAGCUCUCGCCUUCGCGAUACUUCAGUUACAGCACCGAGGUUACUCGGAGGCACAGCCGUCGAGAGAUCUUCGUGAACCACGACGAUAAAGUGGAGGAAGUGAAACUCGCAGACGGUUUCGAAUGGACGAGCAUUCAAUACACAAGGGAAACAAAUGGUGGGAUAUAUAGCGAAUGCACCUGCUGGUACUGCGAAGCUGUCAGAGCUGCUGAUCUGUACGGCGGUGUCAGUGUUUUGCGCUCCUCCGCCGUCAAGACAGCCCGUAACGUCGCUGCCAAUUUGCAUGACCAGCCCGGCAUCUUCUCGGAUCCGAAUAAGAACCCGCAUAUCUCAGCGCACAAUGCUGUCCGAGACAAAUCGCCCUUUGCCCCGUAUGUGACUUUACGAGAGAUGAAAGCCGCGCACCUGCUCCAAAACCUCGAAAAGUCACGCCGGCGAGCCGAGAAAUGGAAAAGCAAAAAUGGCGAGGCAACGUCCAGUCAAAAAGAGCGCUCGAACACAGCUACUGCCGAUAUAUAUGCUGUCCCAAUGGUAUGGGGCUACCCGAUGUAUAUGCCAUAUUACGCCCCGUACAUGUGCGACCCUGGCGUUAACUAUGAUGCCUAUGCUGCAGACCCAGUUUGCAUGAAUUCUGGCACCGGGGCCAUUGGUAAUUGUAUCGCGGGAGCCUGCUCAGGUACUGUAGGAGCUGGUGCCUGUGCUUCUAUGGGAGCGGCAGCUUGCAGAUCUGUGGCAGCCGGAGGUUGUGGAAAUGCCAGUGGGUGUGGAGGAGGUGGAUGCGGAGGCGGUGGUUGCGGAGGAGGUGGUGGCGGUUGUGGAGGAGGCGGUUAGUCAAAGUCCUUUUACUCUUAUUACCUGCUCUAUGGAGGACUUAAAGGCAGCAGGCGGUGGCUGUUGCAACUUAUGCCAAAAUUCACCUUGUACAGGAUCCUCGGACUGUAUCUCUUUCACUAGUCUUGACGAUACCGGAAUUGAUUUGGAUAGACCACUUUAUCGAAUUGCUUUCAAAUGGAACAAUCAAG